AAAAUUAAUUUAGAAGGAACACCUCCCAUUUCUAUUUCAAAAGUGGUCUCGCAACUCACAGGUAACAGUUAAAUGCCAGCAGUAGGGAUUUGCUCUCCUAAAUAGUGUACAUGAGGUAGAGAAAUGCCAGUUCCGUGGGGCUCCAGCUGAGGGGAAUGCAGCUACAUAAUUGUAACAAAAAUUUCUCCUCGAACCCAGCCUCUCAAAUCCCUGCGUGAAGAAACAGCCUCUGUGGCCCGUUGGCAGGCACGGAAGCGAGUUCUGCCGUGGCAGGGCCACAUUCUUCCUUCAGCAGCUUCCUCUCUUUGUAAGAAAAGUGUCCCAGUCCCGGGUUCAUUUGCGGUCCCUCGCUGUGUUGAGACGGGGUGAACAGAGGAGCAAAAUGUAAAGUGUUUACAGCCUUAGGAAGGUCAUGGCAGCAUCCCAAAGCUCCCCUGGGGCAGCGGGUCUCAGUGGGAGACCCUUGGUUAUCCAGGCUGCCGGGACCCGGUCCUGUUCUCACCCUGGCACAGGGUCAGGGCACGGCCCCUGAGGUGGCGCGUUCCUGAAGCCUGGAGCGCGCCAGGGAUAACUAUACUGCUGAAAUAUAAAGUUGCAUAUAAAGAUUUCAUGAACUAGAUUAUAUUUUCAUCACUCUUAUGCAUAUGAAGUCUUUUAAUUUCUAUAAAUCUUACAGUGAGUCAGAAUUAAAUCGUAUUAGUGUGAAUAAUAAAUGUUUAGGGAUCACUCAUCUGAGAACUUGUAGUAUUUAAUUUACAAGGACUAUACAUUUUUCAAAUCUCUUAACAAGGAACUUUAAGCACUUCUUGAGGUUUUAAAAAAAGGAGAGAAAACCAAAAAACACAACAGAUCUGGAAAGCAAAAAUGCUCUAUUUUCCCAGAAUCCUGAAUGAGUCACUCAGGAGGUAUUGUAAUUGCAAAAGCUUUCUGGGUGUAAGAACCUGGCUAAUACUCUUAUUAGCAUCUUUUUUAAUCCAGGUAACAUAAUAGUCAAAGUGUCAGAUGAAUGUCUCAGAAGUGGACCAUUAAAAAAUAAAUUGUGAAACCUUUGAGAGAUUAGCAUUUGAAUCCAGCCAGGAGCUCCUUGAGGUUCUUGGGUGUGGAUCAGAGUCCUUAAUGUAUAAGUUGCUAUCACAAACCACAUCAGCCUCCAAGUUACUUGGAAUGAGAAGACAGUAGCCAUAAUUAUUAGUCUUAGCUCUGGAGCUGUUUCCUCUGGGAAGCAAAUUAGCAAAAUCAGCUUUUCACUGCAGAAAGAGGUUUCAUUUUCUGAUACUUUUCAUUUGUAAGGAAGUUUUAAAAGCAAACAACAAAUAAGAAGUACAUUAAAACAGUAUUUCCAGGGUUAAAACUAACGGUUUAAUUCAUAGUGAUUAUACUUAGCUCUUAACCAAGGCUAAUCUGAAUUUUGUACAUUCAAUAUGCUUUUUUGGAGUCAUUGCUUACAUAACAUCAUCAGCUGAUGCAAUAGUUGACCUUUUCCCAUGUUGGGAAACUGAGGCAAAGAAGUGAAGUCACACACAUAGAAAGGUUCCAUGACAGGCAGAAAUGUAUUUAUAAUGCAAGUUUCACUCAAAGACAGUUCUUGAACUGCAGACCUUUAACCAUCCAUCACAGUUAAUUUUUGUGCUAGAUGUUGGCAUACCCUGGGAACUGCAUAUUUUUCAUCAUCAGGUAUCAUUUGAAAUUCCUUGAAGAGGUUGUUUUUCUUUCUGAUGGAUGGUACCGGUAUUGGGUUUCUCAGCAGAUGUACUGAAAUACAGACAGGGAUGUAGGAUGUACAAGAAGUAUUUUAAUUUGGCAUUUCCCUUCUUCUAAUGCAUUUCAGCAGCAAGCUGCUCAUUUUUGAGGGAUCGGGUAAGAGCACUGAAGAAAACAUGUCCAAUUUCUUUGUCAAAUUUUUACAGGAGAAAAAACUGUUUAUUUGUUUGAAGGGAGCACUGAUGGACAUUCCUACAUGUUCUUACUGUUUUGGUGUUGCUGCUGCUGUGCUGCCUUCCAGGAGCUGGGGAAGAUACUUAGGAGAGGUGGCUCUACGUUAACUCUUUGUGAUCUCACCAGAAAUCUGCAGGAAUUGUUUGCGCCACUUUUGGAGACAAGUACUUCCACAAGUCUGCAGGCUACUAGAAGAUUUAGGGAUGAAGACCACACAUAAAGCUCUGUGUGGUGUGAAUUGCAGCAAAGGCAUUAGUACUUUGUGAGCAUGUUCAAUAACUGAUGCAAACAGUUAAAGCGGUGACACAACGAGAAGCAAAGUGGUGAUUUAGCCUUGCAUUCCUGGUGCAGGGAACAGCAGCAGCUUGGCAGAUUUCUACAGAAAGGGCAGGUGGUUUUGCCGUGGCUCUACAACAGCUUGUGGCAGGUGAGGUGCAUCUGUGCUUUUCUGUGCCUACCCUGCAGACAAGGUGCUGCCAGAUAACUGCAUGGGGAACAAAAAGGGAUCGUGUUACAGGCACCAACACUCUGGGAAUCUGCCAGCUUAUGUAGUGAGGUAGAAAUAUUAGCAAACACGUGGGGAAAGAGUCUAUUAUGGAAAUAAAGGGCAUGGGAGCGCCCAGAAACAGUGAACCAUAUUUUACUGUGGUUUAUAGGCUGCACAGGAAAGAAAUGGGAGGGAAAAGAUGAAAUUCUCAUCUGGGAGAGAGGUAGUCACCAUGACAAAAAUAAUUUAGAAAGGUGUUAAGCUCAGUUAAAAGGCAGCCCUUUCAAAGCACUUUCAGAGUUAUUUUCAGCUGUGAGCAAAGCAGAGGAAUAUUGCCACUGAGUAGAAAUUGCUGCCAAACAAUGAUGGGUGGAAAAGAUGCUUAUUGCUGAACCUCAGCCCUUUUCAGGUCACUUUUGGCCUGUUCUUUUCUUUGUUCUAAGACCCCUUUACAGAAAUAAGGACUGCAAAGAAUGGGCAGCAUACCAUCCUGGCCCUCCGUGCCAGGGUAGCAAGGGUCGGAGGCUUGUGUCCAGGGCAUGAAAGGCUGAGUAUGGGCUGCUUAAAGCAUGGGGAGGACACAUCCUGUCGUGUCAUGGCAUUAAGAAGGCCCUACUUGUUUCCAAAAACUAGGAGUGAGAGUGAUUCCAGUUGAGUUUCUCACAGGACAAUGGAUAAUCCUGUCAGGCACGAAGCUCGGUGGGGCAGCAGCGCACAGACCCUGCAGAGCAGCACGGCCACAGCGAGGAUGCAGGUAAGACUGAGCACCUUAAAAACUUCUCCAGAGGAACAGAAUCGGUUCCAUUUCCAAACUUUGCAGUCCCCGCUAACCACAGACACAGGAACCUGCAGACCACAGACCUGUGUAUGUUGAGGAGCUCAAGUGUGGGCUCCCAUUUUUGUUGCAGUGCAUCCGUGGCAUGUGCCAUGUGCACUCACCAGGAAAGACAGAAGGUGAAGGAGCAGCAGGGAAUGCUGAGUGCUGGGAGGGCACUCGUGGUGUGUUGGCUUGCCUGGACUCAAGAAAACGGUGUAAAGGCAGCAUAUGAUUGUACUUGACCUGUGGUUCUGCCUUCAGAAUGAUCUACCUCAUGCUGAUGAGGUGACUAGGGAUGUGUUUUCCCUAGGUAACCACUCUUGCCAGUAAGCAGGGGGCAUUUUAUUGCCAUGCAGCCAUGUUAUUCCAGCUGCUGGAUGGCAUUCCCCUGUCCCAGAGCCACCAGCCAUUUUACCUGCUACUCUGACACUCAGUGCUUCCCACCUGUGCCAAACAGGGUCAAGCUGAAGUGAACACUUGCAUGAACAGUUCAUAUCAUUGUACAAUCAUAUAUUUGAGUUGCAGAAGCACAGCACAUUUUUCUACUGCUAUUUAGAGGCUGAUGUAUGUAGCCUUAACAACAAUUUGUUUAUUCAUCUGUUUCAGUAGCUUUGUUCCUGCUGACUUCUAUCUAAAAUGUGAUGUAGUGCACAUUUCAUGAGCUAUAGGACAGUUAUUAUGGCUUGAGGUGAGUCCAUAUGCACAGAACUGUGGGGAAAAAAGGAUAUUUAAAAAAUCUCUUAAGAUCUAAAUUGUUGUUAGUAUUCCUCUUUGCUGAUUUCUUAUCUUUUCAUAGCACGGAAAUAAGAAUAAAUUUAAUAUGUAAUACUGAAUCUGGGCAUAUUUUCAGUGUAGGAAACAUGCAGAUAUAUCAGAAUAUUCAGAAAUCUGAGCUUUUCAUGAAGUGUUGAAAAAGCUCUUUCAAAUGAGGAAAGAAAUGCCACUUUAAACAUUCAUUUAAAAAAUAUUGAUGUAGCAAUAUGAUGCUCUGCAAUGCAUCUUCUAUGCUUAAAGCACAGGAACUGGUAUAUUCCCAGAUUUCUUUUAAAAUCUGACUUCCAAAAGCAAAUAGUCCUGCAGUGAUAGUUCAAAACACUUGUGCUUCUCUGAGUGAUGUCUAUGCUACUUUAAACUGUGAGCUGACUACAAGCUCAGGCACAACAUGGCUUCAUCUAUGUUGACCUUGGUGUGCUAAGCCAAAGGGUACGCUCAAGGUAUUUGUGCUUCCUGUCCUGGCUCUGGCCUUCUGCACUGUGGCCAGUGA